UUGACGUCCGAGAAACCCGAAUAGAAGAUUAUGGAGGACUGCCCACAACUUCCCGUCUGAGUUCUGAUAAUUUUGAUCCUGUUUCUAAACUAUGGAACAAAAUACAAACCCAUAGAGAUGUACAAUUAAUCACUUCGUGGACAAGACAGUUACACACUGUAAAAUGGGGUCAAGAUUAAGAGAGAAUCCAGAAAAGUUGUUUGAAGUUUUCUUAGAGAUAGCAAAACCAGAAAAUGAUGAGUCAAUUGUUGUUGAUGACGAGACUAUAUUUGUACAGAAAUAUCCUAGAGAUUAUAAUGAUGAGCAAACUUUAAAACCUAUACCCAUGUUUGCAUUUCCAUGUGACAGUGAAAGGUACACAACAAAAGUUGAUCAUUUUACAUUUGUAUUAACUGAUCUUGAAAGCAAGUAUAAAUUUGGAUACUGUCGACAAGCACAAGGAGUUCAGACAUGUCUGUGUAUUGUCAGUUGUCUCCCCUGGUUCGAUGUUUUCUACACAAUACUGAACAAGUUGGCUGAGAUGAUAAACACCACUGAUAAUGAUGAUAACGUGACAGAAUUAUUACGAGCUACUUAUGCUAAUGGUGUACCAACACCUGGGGUACCAGUUCAGAUCAUUGUCGGACAGGAUAUGUUAAAUUUUACAGCCCCAGAUAUAAGUAAAUUACCUAGUAUACCUACAAAUAGAAACUUAACAGAAUACUACAGUGCAGUUGAUACAGAAAAUAUGAUGAAAAUAUUUGCAAGUAUGUUACAUGAAAGACGUAUUCUUAUAACUUCUAAGAAAUUAAGUCGACUGACAUCAUGUGUGCAUGCCUCUACAGCUCUGCUAUAUCCCAUGCAUUGGCAACAUUUAUUUAUACCUAUAUUACCGCCACACCUGUUAGACUAUGUGACAGCACCAAUGCCCUAUGUAAUUGGAAUUCAUUCUGCAGUAUUGGAGAAAGCAAGAAAGAAUGAGAUCAGUGAUGCUGUGAUAUUGGAUGUAGAUACAAACACAUUGAUAACAGAUUAUGAUGAUUUUGAAGAUCUUCCUUCAGAAAUUUCUUCCUAUCUGAAGAGGCAUCUGAAGAAAGAUAAAAUCAUCCAGCAAAUGUCAACUAAUGGGGAUGUUAUAUCCAAGGCUUUCAUGCAGGCUUUAGUAAGGCUCAUAGGUGGCUAUAGAGAUGCUUUAAGAUUUCAUCCUGGUGAACCUAUAACUUUUGACCCAGAAGCAUUUGUGCAGUCAAGACCAUCCUCAAUGCAGCCAUUUCUGGACUCGAUGUUUGAACUACAAAUAUUUCAACAGUUUAUAAAUGAUCGACUUGACAUGUUGAAUCUAGGUAAAGGUUUCAGUGAUUUAUUUGAAAUGGAGGCUAUGUUACAGGCAGACAAGCUCAAUUCACAAUCAAGAUAUAAAGAAUGGUUGGGUAAUAUGAAGAAACAGGGUAAACAGAUGCAGAAAAAUUCAAAGGAAUAUUUUAAAGACUUCAAAGACAAGUGGCAUGAUAUGGACAUUAAAACCAUGUCUCAUAAACACAUAUACAAUAUGGCUGCCAAGGUCAGUACAGCUUCAGCCAAGGCUGCUCCUGUAGUUUCUAGCGCCAUGCAUACUGUACGACGAGAAGGAAAGAAAUUUUAUACAGGUGUAAGGAAACAAGUGCAGGAUAUACGAAAAGAUGAUGAACAUUCUAGAACAAAAAGUAUGAAACAGCCCAGGCCUGAUUCAAAAGCAUUAUCCCGUAACAGGCCCGCCACUGUAAUACAUGCUGCAGAGAUAAAACCUAUUCGACCUUUACGACCUGGUAAUGCACCUAUAAUACAGGUUACUGGUACAGAUAGCAGGGUGUCAAAGUACAAGCUGGUACAUUUGGCUGAUGAAAAGAGUGUUGAUGACUCAGAAGCAGACCUAUCUUAUAAUCGUAUAAGCUUUAACCUCUUGUCUGACCCAGACCUCCAGGUAGCAAUGAACAAAUCUGCCAGUGUAGAGGAUCUAGGAAAUUCACCAAUUCAUCAUUCAGUUCUUCUUGAAGAAAGUGAUGCUUCAUCUAUAGACUCAUUUAGUAUCGCUCACAGUGGACGUGCUUCACCAAAUCACCAAGAAAAAUCCAGUAUGGUUUUCGAAGAAACUAGUUCAAUAUCAUCUACUUCUACAUUUGACAGUGCUAACAUUCCAUACAUAGAUACUUCUGACGAUGCUACCAAACAUCCUAUAGCACCACCAAGGAAACAUAGACGACAAAAAAAUACUACCGAAUUAGGCGAUAGACUUAUAGGGAGAAAAACUCAAACUGCUGACAGACUUAUUGGUCAUAAGAAUCCACCCCCAAAACCAGAUCAGCCACCUAAACCUACCCCAAGGAAAAGUUUAUCAAAGGACAUUCCACAUACUGAAAUAACCUCAGUCCCUCUUAUAGAAUUAGACUCACCUGAGUAUGUGGAUGUCUUUGACCCAUUUAGUAGUGGUAAUUCAUCCACUGUUGGAAGGGUUGAAGAGAUCAGAGAACUUUUUUCAAGUCCAGAAAAUUCACCAGGAAGACAGGGUUCUACAGAUGUUAAAUUCCACGAACUAAGUCGUACACAUGCAUUUAGGAAACAGGCUUUAGACACACCAAAAAGGGAUUUUUGUAAGGCUGAUAUUUCACCUUCACCAGAAAAGGAUUUAAUGUCAAAUAGGUCUACUAGUGAUUUACCAAAUAAGUCAAAUGACAAAGCUAGUGAAUUAUUUGCAAGCUUUGAUCCACUGAUAUCAGAAAAAUGUAAUUUAUCGCCUGGUUUACAAAAUAGUGAGACACAAGGAAAAGAUUUAAUUCAAAGUUGGAAUAUAAAUCAUUUAAAGAGUGGUUCAAGAGCCAAAUCAUCCUUGCAGUAUUUGGCAGGAGGGAACAAUGAACCCAGAUGCCGUGAUCCAGUCGGAGUAACAAAUAAUCCAAUUUACGGAACAAAGCCAUUGGGACAUAAUAAACCUGUAUUGCCACCGAGACCAAAGACUGUGGUUGGUAGUGCUGCUCUAUCUAGUCCAUUUAAACCAGUUGACAACCCGUUUUACAAUGUUAAUAAUUCAAAUUCAAACUCUGCCAAAGUUCAAAGUCGGAAUAGUGACCCUUUUAGUGACCUUCAUGAAAUUAGUGUUAGUAACAGAAAAAGUCAAGAAUUUGCUCAAUCAAAGUGGGAGAAAUUUUAGUCAUUCUCAAUUAUAAGUUUUAAAUAUUAGAUUUUAAUGAUUAAGAAGUACAGAAUAAUUUUACUGAAGGUGUAAAUCACAUGCUAAGAUCCAAAUUAUUUGCUCAAAAGUAUACAUAAAUUUUCAAAAAGAGAUUAAAUUCACAAUUCUUUUAAUGAACUUGUAAUGACUGAAAAAAAUAAGACCGUUAAUCAAUUAAAAUUGAAUGUAGUCCUCUCAUUAAUAUCACACAUAAGAAUCAUUUAUCUAAUUCAGAGUUAUUGCUUUAUUUGUUGUAUAAAUCAAUCAUUAAUUCUUUUUUAUGUAAAAACAGGAGUGAAUGGCAUUAUCAUGAAUAUAUUGAGAAAUUUUGUUUUUACUUUAAAUACUGACUUGCCAUUUUAAAAAGGUUUUUAUAUAUACACUACUCAUGUACAUGUAUAUCUAGAUAAACUAAAUAAAAAAUCUACUUUUGAUAAGCUUUUCAAACAUUAUCAAUAAUCAUGAUAAUUGUAGUGUUGCUGAACAGUAGGUUAUAAAUGAGAAACUACAGAGCAAAAUUAUAUUUUUUAACCAUGUUAACCUUUUUUUUCUGUAAAUAUUGGAAUCUUAAAGAACAAAUUAAAGUUUUUAUCUGUAUCAAUAAUACCAUGAAUGAAUAUUUAUAUAUAUACUUGUGUUUUUCCAUUAGCUAACUAUUUUUUUUCCUUUCUCUCUUUUUUUCAAUAUUUUCAAAUGUAUGGUAAACUUUUUUCUAUUAUAUCAUAUAUUUUUUUGAAUUAUGCCCUUUGAUGUCUCUUCAAAUGUGCAUUAAUAUUGAUGAAAAUUGAAGUUAAGAUUUCAAAUCAUUGAGCAUGUAGUUAUCUAUUACUAUCAUGACUAUUCUAACUCCACCUGUUUUUUCUAAAACAAUGUUAUGACAACUAAGGGGUUUAUGCACACAUACUUGUUUUUAUAUGAAAAAGAAAAGAUUUCAAUUAGCUUGAAUGAGUAUGGAUGGAGUAUUUUGCUUAUGUUUUUAAUAUUAUUUAUGUUGUUAAUGUGUACUGCAGUUGUGGCUUUCAUAAUCAUGAUAAUAUCAAUUCUAAUUUUUACAUAAAAAAUUGUUAUAGUUCUUGACAUUACAAAAUAUUGUUGUUAUGUUAGAUAUUAUUGGUAUAGAUGUUUAUAAUUAAUCUAGUUUAAAUAUAUAUUUAUAGCAGAGGUCUGCUGUCCUCUCUGAUGUACAAUUUCUUUGGGUUUUUUUUCUAGAAAUGAUUAAACAUUUUCACCUUGACAUGCUGCUUAAGGUGGUACCAAAUACCUCGACUAAAAUUAAUUUGGCUUGUUAUAAAAUAUUUACUUCGCCCCCUAUAUAAAAUAUAAAAUAUAAAAUUUUAGAAAAAUUGUUGGAUAUAUAGCAGAUUGACAAACACUUAUUUUCAUCAUCCAGAAGCUUUAUAUUUCCUUAACAACUGACCUUAAGACAGGUUUAGUCUUCAGAAAUCUCUGAUACAAAUAUUUUUUUAGUAACGUUACAUUUAUGGUUCUAAAAAAGUUUUCUUUUUUAAAAUUGUGUCAGUCCUUUACAAACUUGUUGAUCAAAACCUUUGGGACCACCACAUUUUGAGAACACGAGACCUCCAUAUUGUCCAGUAGAAAUGACUGAAUAUUGAUGUGUAUUAUAGAAUUUCUCCUUUAUCAGAAGUUUUUAUGUGCAGGUGUACAAUUGAUAGACCUUAAAAUUCAUUAUGAAUUUAUUUAAACUGGUCCAAUGUUGUGCUUACCUCACUAAAAUAAGGAAUAAAUUUUUUUAAUUAUUUAAAAAGCUCUUACAAGUCUCGCGCUUUACCAUGUUUACAUAUUAAAAUUUAACUGUCUUGAGUGGAGAAAUAUCAUAACACGUUUGUUGCAGUGGUGGAAUAUAAAUAUCUUAACUCAAUACAUUUCUUUUUUUUAAAUAUUUGAAAAAGAAGUCUGAAAAGUGGGAAAGUUAUUAUAAUAUCCACAAGAUUGUGAAAUGAGUAAGGGGCAUAGGCAAAAACUCAUAAACAUGAUAAAGGCUUUUUUUUUUUAUUAAAAGGCUAAGAUACCAAACAUACUAUAGCAUUUUACAUGUUUAAGAGUUAUCUUGUCAGGAAAGGACUGCCACUGUUAAUGAUAUAGUUUUUUUAGAGGUAUAUAAGAUAUUCAGUUACUUCCCUUUAAGCAGACUUGCAGCAUUAAUUAUCAGAUCUUACUCUGUUUUUUGUUGUGUUAAUACAUUAGUUAAGUUCACACAUUGUGUUCAAAUAGUUUCAUUAUUUAUUACUAUUGUUUUCCAAAUUUGAGGAACAUUAUUAGUAACUGCUGAAAUUUUCAUCCUAUUUUUUAUUUUUUUAUUUUGAGUGCUGGUAUUAAAUCUAAACAUUCCAUGGGUAUAAGUCAACAGUGACCUAAUUAUGUAUUUCAUUAAAAAAACGUCUGAUUAUCAAAUUUGAAAAUUGUAAUUAGAACUGCAUAUAUAAAAUUUACUCAAAUUCAGGACUAAAGAUUACAGUGAAGAAAAUUUCAAAUAAACUUGAUUUUAUUUUUAAUUUAUCACUAGAAUGAACUCUGAUUACAUGGUCAAUUUGUAGUUUAGAUGAAGUUUUUGUGUGAUAUUGUGCAUGUUAUGUAGUUCUACUUUAAGGUAAAGCCUAUAUUGCUGCUGAGCGGUGCUAUGUGUUUUAAGACAAACAUUACUGUGAUAAUUGUUACAAUACUCUGGUUAGCUUGUUACAAUGCAAUCACAGAAAAUAAAUCAUGUAUCACUUAAA